GCCUGCCUCAGUUUCAGCCUCAGCCUCAUCUGUAGCCAUUUUGGCUCAAGCCAUUUUGGCUCAAGCCAUCCGACUGGAGCCAUUGCAGGUCAAUAUAUUGCGUCCCAGACGGUACAGUGGCUUGCAUUAUGUUCUGGCAAUUCUUCUGGCAGCGCCAGUGGCUACUAUGGUCAUGGCCCGGUGUAGCUAUAAUUAGUGGCACCGUGUGGUGUCAGGUUCAAUUGGAUGUCAGUGUCAACGCUUGGUUUGGUGGCUUCUUCGACUUGCUCCAAAAGGCUUUGGAAAAGCCUGGCAAUGCCACGGUGGACGAAUUCUACGCCUCGUUGUGGACGGUUAUGCAGCUUAAUCUAGUGGCAUUUUCUUUACAAAUUGCAGUGGGUUUCUUCACCAAGCAUUGGCUCUUCCGCUGGCGCCAAGCUUUGACUGAUGAUUACGUUCGGAAUUGGUACCAGCAUCGCCACGUUGAAGGGGCUAGCCAACGUGUUCAAGAAGAUACGUCAAGAUUUGUUUCAAUUAUUGAUCACCUUGGUGUUGAUUUCAUAAGAUCGCUGCUGAUGCUGAUGGCGUUCAUGCCUCUCCUCGCUGAUUAUUCAAGAUUCAUCACGACCUAUCCGCUUUUCGGCGAAGUGCACAAUGGACUCGUUUGGUUGACAAUGUUUUGGGCAGUCUGUGGCACAUUGCUGAUAGCACUUGUUGGGAUCAGACUUCCAGGGCUCAAGGUCCAAAGCGAAUUAGUGGAGGCAGCCUACAGGAAGGAGCUUGUUCUGGGGGAAGAUGACCCAGAGCGCGCGGGCAUACAAGCUUGCGAUUCACGUUUUGAUGACAUACGUACGAUCAAUUUUCGCAUUUAUUUAAACUACACGUACUUUGACGCGGCCAAAUGGUGUUAUUUGCAUCUCGGCCAUUUUAUUCCUUAUUUGGCGCUUGGGCCCACAAUUGUGGCGGCAGGCUUCACAUAUGGGCAGAUGCAGCAGAUCAUGCAUGCCUUCGGCAAGGUUGAGGGAUCAUUCCAAUUCCUGGUUCGCAGUUGGAGUCAUAUUAUUGACUUGACAGCAAUCCAUACACGCUUAGCUGCAUUUGAAGUUGCAUCGCAUGACGGCAAAGACACCGAUCAAAGUACCCCGUUCAACAACACCAUUGACUAGAAUGUUGUCCCGGAGGUAUGAGGGCAAACCCGUCGGAUGCUUCAGGUGUUUAUGUAUACGUCCAUAGUUGUAUCUGCCGCUGUACAGCUGCAUGAGUGUACACAUGCCAAUGCUUAAACCUUUUUAUAUAUACAUAUAUAUAUACGUUUAUGUGUACAUAUAUUCUCGGCAUCAACGGAAUAAAUUGCCGGAUUUAUGAAUAUUCUGGCAACAUAUUUUCACAGGGCCAUGUGCAUGCGCACGAUCAUUGCAAUAGCAGUCAGGCGCGAGCUUGUGUGGUUGGAACCACCGCCGCUACCUUUGACAGAUCACCGUUGCGUUCUCCAGCGAUUCGUGGAGAGAUAUAUGGCCGGCGGGAUGCCGAAUUUUUGAAUAUUCAGGCAACAAAUUUAACAGGGCCAUGUGCAUGCGCACGAUUUUUGCAAUAACAGUCAGGCGCGAGCUUGUGUGGUUGGAACCACCGCCGCUACCUUUGACUGAUCACCGUUGCGUUCUCCAGCGAUUCGUGGUCCAUUCGAGCGGAAUGAGAGAUGUAUGGCCGGCGGGAUGCCGGAUGUAUAUAAUAUACCGGGCGUCCACGUCCCCGGGCCCAGGGGCAGCCCACUUUUCCAAAACUCCCCCACCCCCCCCCGCCCGACUUUAGUCCCCGGCGCCGGCGAGCCUAUUUGAACGCUCCAGGGCGCUCCCUGCGCCUCGGAAGCCCCCCUUGGCCGCCCUCCGCCUCGGCCUUCGCCCACGAGCGCGCGAGGCCCCCUGCGACGCCCGAGACUGCCCGCCG